AUGAAGUUUUGUACGAUUGCCGGUCUCGUCCUCGCCUUUGCGCUGCUCAAGGACGGCGGCAAGCCCGAAGACGCGGACGGUAUCGUGGCGGCGGUCAAUUCGCUGACGUCGCGCUGGUUGCCGGCGUCACCGGUCGCGCCGAACGCGACGAGCGCGAUCCAUGAUGACGCGCAGACGAUCGCCAAGGUCAUCAUUGACACCAAGAAUGACAUUGCGCUCCUCGCCAACGACAUGCACUUGCUCUCGCAGGGCGGCCCCGUGAACGCGACGCUGCUCCUCAGCAUCAAGGAUCAUUUGCAACAGGCGAUUGCGCACGGCCUCGACAACGUCAAGGGCAGCGAGAAGGUCAUCAAGGACAUCCAAAAGAUCAUUGACAACAAGGGCAUCGACAUGAAGGACAGUGUCGGUGUCGUCAACGACAUCCAGUCGGCGCUUCAGCAGGUGCUCGGGUCGCUCGACCCGGCGCCGCGCGUCUGCUUGCGCGAAGGUGUUGGCCGUGGCGUCGGUUCGUUCGUUUUCAACCAGUGCCAGGAAGGCGAGGAGGCCUACGGCGCGCUCUGCUACCCCAAGUGCAAGGAAGGCUACGAGAAGGUCGGCUGCUGCAUCUGCCGCAAGAAGGGCUGCAGCGGCGCCGAAGGUCCCAAGGCGUACGGCCGCGGCUCGGGCUACGCGCUCUGGAACGAAGACAAGUGCAAUGCCGAGAACCCGCAAGGCUGCGAGAAGAACGGUCUCAUGUGGUACCCCAAGUGCAAGGCCGGUUUCCAUCCGUUUGGCUGCUGCAUCUGCACGCCCGACUGCCCCGCUGGUACGCAUGACGACGGUGCCUUCUGCCGCAAGGACCACUAUGGUCGCGGCGCUGGUGCCUCGCGUCUUGGUUGCGAAGCUGGCAAGGAAAAGAGCGGCCUGAUGUGCUACCCGCCGUGCGCCGACAAGUACAAGGGCAAGGGUCCCAUGUGCUGGCCCAAGUGCGGUGGCGCGACGCCGUUCGGCUGCGGUCUCUUUUGCACGUCGUCGGCGGCCACGUGUGCGUCGAGCGCUGUCGAUAUCAUUGGCGGCAUCGCCAAGAUCGCGCUUAGCGCUGUCAACAAGGACUCGCAGGGUGCGAUCUCAAACGGCGUUCAGACCGGGUCCAAGAUCGUCGUCAUGGAGCACUGCAAGCUCGACCAGAUGCAGUAA